ACGAAUCAUAUGUAAAUAUCCAACUAAUCUAAUCCGUUUAUUUGAACGCUCAUCGUCUGCUAUAUUGGAUCGUCAAGUUUCUAUUUGCUUUAAAUUAGUGUUUAUUAGUCCGCCUCAUCUGUGAACAAGUUAGUUUGUAUGUUUUUAUUUGCAAAAUUCUCCCGAGCUUUUACUUUCAUUUGACAUCUGAUUAGCAAAUGUCACGUCGCAGGGUAGAAAGUUUUGAUCGGCACUUGAAAAUGGGAAUGCAGUGUUGUCGUUUGCGAUACAGAUAAAUAAUAGACUAAUUAUUCUAAUAACGAUGGCGUUGUGACGUGUACUGGAACGUGUGUGUACCCCUCGUUUGCCGGACCGCUACUGCGUACGCCUUGCCUUGAAGACAGAUCAUUAUUGAUCGGGAGAAGUGUUAUCUCCAACGGCGGAGACGUCGCCUCAGAUGAAGCAGUUCAGCAGCUCUAUCUCAUCGUCGUCAUCCUUGCCGUACUCUGGUCUGGGGUCGGGAAAGCCCACUUCCAAGCAGUCGUCCUCCGGUUCCACCAUCAUAGACACCGGGAUGUAUCUGCGUGACUGGAGGAAAGCGCUUCGUUCGCCUCCUUCGUACAGGAUAGGAAACAGAACGAUACGGUUACAAGUACACUUUACCUGGGUGCUUGCGAUACUGUGUGCAUUCCUGCUGCUGGUAUUAUACAUCUCCUCCAGUCCUUCGCCGUUGAUCAGCGAUGCACCACCGCCCACAAAUAGUUUUUUGCGAAGUUCGGCUAUAGUGUACAACCACACUUACCCGCUGACCAGUCCGAUCAUUAGCAGUGGCAUAUACUCGUUCCGGAUAGGAAUUAUUGCCGAUCUCGACACCAGUUCGGCAUUGAAGAAGAAUCAGUGGGGAAGCUACUAUCUAAAGGGCUAUCUGAGCUUCAUUCCAUCGAAACGGUCGGUCACAGUGUCGUGGGACGAUGGCGAUCCGAAGGCACUGCAAUCGGGCUUUUCGUUGAAGGGCCGGGGAAUGGAGCUGUCCGAGUUGGUCGUGUUUAACGGCAAGCUGCUAACGUUUGACGAUCGUACCGGGUUGGUGUACGAGAUCGAGGGCGAGAAGGUGCUCCCUUGGGUGCUGCUGAUGGAUGGGGACGGACGUACCACGAAGGGCUUCAAAUCGGAAUGGGCCACCGUGAAGGAUCAGGUGCUGUACGUCGGAUCGAUGGGUAAAGAGUGGACCACAUCGGCAGGGGAUUUUGAAACGAACGAUCCCAUGUACGUGAAGGCGGUCACGGUGCACGGCGAGGUGUAUCACUUAAACUGGAUUAACAACUACAAAGCUAUCCGCAAAUCGAUUGGCAUCGAAUGGCCGGGAUACAUGAUUCACGAGUCUGGCGCUUGGUCAGAGGUGCACAGGCGAUGGUUCUUCCUGCCAAGGCGCUGUUCCCGGGAGCGGUACAAUGAAACGCGGGACGAGCAUAUGGGCUGCAACUUUCUCAUAUCGAGCGACGAAACGUUCCAAAGCAUUCGCGCGAUCGAGCUCAAGCGGAACGUCGUGCCAUCGACGCACGGGUACUCGAGCUUUAAGUUCCUACCUACGAGCAACGAUGAAAUAAUCGUUGCCCUGUCAACGGAAGAGCUGAACGGCAAAACGUCCAGCUUCAUCAGUGCGUUCACCAUCGAAGGCGAACAACUGAUGGUGGAGACGCGCAUCCACACCGAGUACAAGUACGAGGGACUUGAGUUUAUCUAGAGGGCGCCCCUCGGGUAAUGCCAUUAUUGUACAUAGCCGAUGUCUGUAUUCUCAACCGUUAGCAGCUAGUUAGACAAUGAUCCUGCAUAUUCUGAUCAAUCGAUAACGCUUCUUGGCUAGAGCUUUUCAUGAAACAAAAACGACCGAGAGUGCGAUGAUCAAUGAAACAAUUGGGAGUAUUAUGUUUGCGAGAUGUCUAGAAGCGUUAAAUGCCAAACUUUAUCAUCACUCUGUUCCGUAGCAUAUUGUGUACAACAAGCACGACAAGCAGCAGCUUUGCGUGUAUCCUCUCCGGCAGGAUAACACAUCUGGCUAUCUGUUGGUAUCCGUUUGUUGGCCGAAGAAACCAUCCGUUGUGAUAUAGUAUUUCUGUGUUUGUACAGCUAUUUUAGUUUAAAAUAAACGCCACCAUGUCGCUCCGAUGCAAUAGAA